AUGGGGGCGGCGGCGGUCUCUACCCGCGACCAUGGUGGCGGCGGCGGCCUCUGCAAGCGACCAUGGUGGCGGCGGCGGCCUCUACCCGCGACCAUGGUGGCGGCGGCGGCCUCUACCCGCGACCAUGGCGGCGGCGGCGGCCUCAACCCGCGACCAUGGCGGCGGCGGUGGCCUCUGCCCGUGACCAUGGUGGCGGCGGCGGCCUCUACCCGCGACCAUGGCGGCGGCGGCGGCCUCUACCCGCGACCUUGGCGGCGGCGGCGGCCUCUAACCGCGACCAUGGCGGCGGCGGCGGCCUCUACCCGCGACCAUGGUGGCGGCGGCGGCCUCUGCCCGCGACCAUGGUGGCGGCGGUGGCCUCUACCCGCGACCAUGGCGGCGGCGGCGGCCUCUACCCGCGACCAUGGUGGCGGCGGCGGCCUCUACCCGCGACCAUGGCGGCGGCGGCGGCCUCUACCCGCGACCAUGGCGGCGGCGGCGGUCUCUACUCGCGACCAUGGUGGCGGCGGCGGUCUCUACCCGCGACCAUGGUGGCGGCGGCGGACUCUACCCGCGACCAUGGUGGCGGCGGCGGUCUCUACCCGCGACCAUGGCGACGGCGGCGGCCUCUACCCGCGACCAUGGUGGCGGCGGCGGCCUCUACCCGCGACCAUGGCGGCGGCGGCGGCCUCUACCCGCGACCAUGGUGGCGGCGGCGGCCUCUGCCCGCGACCAUGGUGGCGGCGGCGGCCUCUACCCGCGACCAUGGUGGCGGCGGCGGCCUCUACCCGCGACCAUGGCGGCGGCGGCGGCCUCUACCCGCGACCAUGGCGGCGGCGGCGGCCUCUACCCGCGACCAUGGCGGCGGCGGCGGCCUCUACCCGCGACCAUGGCGGAGGCGGCGGCCUCUACCCGCGACCAUGGCGGCGGCGGCGGCCUCUGCCCGCGACCAUGGUGGCGGCGGCGGCCUCUGCCCGCGACCAUGGUGGCGGCGGCGGCCUCUACCCGCGACCAUGGUGGCGGCGGCGGUGUCUACCCGCGACCAUGGUGGCGGCGGCGGCGGCCUCUACCCGCGACCAUGGCGACGGCGGCGGCCUCUACCCGCGACCAUGGUGGCGGCGGCGGUCUCUACCCGCGACCAUGGUGGCGGCGGCGGUCUCUACCCGCGACCAUGGCGACGGCGGCGGCCUCUACCCGCGACCAUGGCGGCGGCGGCGGCGGCCUCUGCCUGCGACCAUGGUGGCGGCGGCGGCCUCUACCCGCGACCAUGGCGGCGGCGGCGGCCUCUACCCGCGACCAUGGCGGCGGCGGCCUCUACCCGCGACCAUGGCGGCGGCGGCGGCCUCUACCCGCGACCAUGGCGGCGGCGGCCUCUACCCGCGACCAUGGGGGCGGCGGCGGCGGCCUCUACCCGCGACCAUCGUGGCGGCGGCGGCGGCCUCUACCAGCGACCAUGGGGGCGGCGGCGGCGGCCUCUACCCGCGACCAUGGUGGCGGCGGCGGUCUCUACCCGCGACCAUGCGGGCGGCGGCGGCCUCUACCCGCGACCAUGGCGGCGGCGGCCUCUACCCGCGACCAUGGCGGCGGCGGCGGCCUCUACCCGCGACCAGGGCGGCGGCGGCCUCUACCCGCGACCAAGGGGGCGGCGGCCUCUACCCGCGACCAAGGUGGCGGCGGCGGCGGCCUCUACCAGCGACCAUGGGGGCGGCAGCGGCGGCCUCUACCCGCGACCAUGGCGGCGGCGGCCUCUACCCGCGACCAUGGCGGCGGCGGCCUCUACCCGCGACCAUGGCGGCGGCGGCGGCGGCCUCUACCCGCGACCAUGGCGGCGGCGGCGGCGGCCUCUACCCGCGACCAUGGCGGCGGCGGCGGCGGCCUCUACCCGCGACCAUGGUGGCGGCGGCGGCCUCUACCCGCGACCAUGGCGGCGGCGGCGGCGGUGACGAUAACGGUGCAAAGCGUCGACCUCCAUUACGGCGUCAUGUCGGCAAUGGCAGUGCCCACAACCACAGCGACGACAGUGCCCACAACCACAGCGACGACAGUGCCCACAACCACAGCGACGACAGUGCCCACAACCACAGCGACGACAGUGACCACAACCACAGCGACGACAGUGCCCACAACACAAGCCAGUAA